AUGGGGGACCUGUCUGGGCUGAUGCUGCAGGAGCCCCAGAAUCUGCUACAGGAAAUGAUCACAGGGCGCCUGUCAGAGGCCUGCCUGAUCUCUGUGGGUGCCCUGCAGGGUCACCGCCGGUUCUGGCUGGAGUUAGUGGGGGCUCAGGGGCAGCUCGAGUCGGGCUGUCCCCGAUCCCUGGACCCGGACCCCAGCCGGAGCCCCCGCGCGGGUGGGACGCGGUCCCCGGAGCAGCUCCAGGCGGGCCUCGUUUCGGGGCGCGCUCAGCCCUCGCCGGGGGGCGCCGAACACCGGCCCGGGCUGGAGGGGAGCCCUGGGAUCCGCCCCUGGAUCCGCCCCGGGAGCCACUCCUGGAUCCGCCCCGGAUCCGCCCCUGGAUCCGCCCCGGAUCCGCCCCUGGAUCCGCCCCUGGAUCCGCCCCGGAUCCGCCCCUGGAUCCGCCCCGGGAGCCGCUCCUGGAGCCGCCCCAGAUCCGCCCCUGGAGCCGCCCCGGAUCCGCCCCUGGAUCCGCCCCUGGAGCCGCCCCGGAUCCGCCCCUGGAUCCGCCCCGGAGCCGCUCCUGGAGCCGCCCCAGAUCCACCCCCUGGAGCCGCCCCGGAUCCGCCCCUGGAGCCGCCCCGGAGCCGCCCCUGGAUCCGCCCCGGGAGCCGCCCCGGGAGCUGCCCCGGAUCCACAGGGCGGUGA